AUGGCCACAAGACAACAUUAUGUUCAGGUUUGCUGGCUUGUUGGGGGUGUCGCUGGUGUGGUCGGCGGCGCCCCGUGCGCCGUCGCAGGGCUGGCCAGCUCGCUCGACUACUUUCGAACGCUACCAGUGUCUGCCGCCUGUGGCAAAGCCGGGCCCUGGGGCGCCGCGGCCACCCCCAUGGACUUUUUGUCAACGUACAACGACGACCUGCCCGCCGCAUGCUUGAUCUCAUCCUGCCGCACAGACUUCGACACGAGCGCGUCCAACUUCCAAGCCAUUGCGUGCGACGAAGCGGCCCAGUUGGGUUCGAGUCUGGCCGGCGUCCGGAACUUCUGCCGCACGUUUGCGCUGACCACGACAUCCCCGCGAUGCACCGACGCGGACGCGGUGGACCUGGGCCCCCUCACCGCACCAUGCUUUGGCCUCGUGCCCCGCAGCACGCAGCUAGCCGACGUCGUGUCCCCAGACACGUGGGCGUCGUACGCGGCCGGCGUGUGCAACGCCACCUCGUGUGUGACGUCCAUGCUGAACCGGAUCAACACGCUGUCGGAUUGUUACUUUCCGUGGUCAGCACUUGGCGGGGCCCCCGUCUCCCCCAAAGGGUACUACAAAGCCACCGUCAAUUCCAUGUGCAGUUUGGACAUUUGUACCGACUACUACUGGUGGUCGGGUCAGACCAACUCGUAUUUGUGCACGUGGCAGCCCCCCACAAAUGUCACGGGCUCGUGUGCAGCCAGUCUGGGGGCGAUCUACGCCACCGCCGUGUCCACCGCGUGCGCCACUGCCGCCUUCAACGGCACGACCUCAUUGUUUCUGCUCCAGUCGACUGUGUUGUCGUCCGAGUACUUCUCCGUGGCCGAAAAGUUUGCAGCGAUUCCGACUUGUGUGUCGGAUGUACUGAAGGUGCAACGGAAGCUAACCAGUGUGGCCAAUUGCAUCUCGACCGAGCUUUCGUUUGCUAUCAACACGUUCGUACAAGUCGUCACGUCGGCAAACACGACGACGUCUAACCCCUUGUGUACAGCUAGUGAAUCCAAUGGGUUGUUGAUCAAGCUUAACCACGCUACGGCGGUCGACUGUUCAGUAUUGAGCGACAAGUUUGUCGUUUGGUGGGACGUGUUGGUUCCAGACCAAGUCAGCGAUUUAGCCAUCGUUAUCAAGUCCGUCGCUUGUUGGAACGCAGCAAUAGCCUAUGCCAACUCGUUCCCAACUUGUGAAUACGUUGACGUAGCCAAAAACGAAGUCGCCACGGGUGUGUCUGCCGUUGAUCGGUUCAGUAGCUUCCUCUUAGCCGCCCAAGGCGCCGCCAACCCGCCGCCGCCCCCCACACCGAGCCGGACGUUGUCUCCGUCUAGUUGCUUUCAAGCCAAGAACUACCCAACCUACUCGUUCUUUAACAACGUGACUCUGUCUGCCGCCUGCGUCAGAGUCGGACCGUGGACAGCCUCCGCCAAACCUAUCGACUUUCUCACGUCUCUAAGUGAGUUCAUUCCGUUUGCAUGCAGCCAAAGCGCGUGUCGUAACGACAUUGACACGAGUGCGUCCAACUGGCAGAGCAUCUCGUGUGACGAAGCCCAAGCAUUUGGGUCCAGCUUACGCAACGUGUACAACUUGUGCAAAGUGCUGCUGGUGGCUCAACCUGGGAAUCGAACUUGUACCGACACGGAUAUCAUUAGUUUGGGAGGUAUGACGUCGCAGUGCUUUGACCAAUCUACUUUGUCCACCAACCUGGUCGACAUUGUCGUCCCGGUCAGUGUAUCAUCAUACGCCACUGGACUAUGCAAUCAAACGUGCCUGAAUUCAGUGCUGAACCGCAUUGACACGCUGUCGUCGUGCGAAGUGGACACGUGGCCUCAUCUCGGUGGCUACAGCAUGUCCCCCAAAGUCGUGUACAAGGCGUACGUGAACGCUAUGUGCAAUCUCGACUUGUGCAACAACUACUAUUGGUGGUCGGGUCAGUCGAAUUGGUACAUUUGCGGAUGGUCUCCGCCGUCGAACGACUUUACAGCGUGUGGUGCGCAACUGGCUGCGAUGUACACGACGAAGUUCUCCACGACCUGCGCUUCUGCCGUGUUCAACACUUCGUCAUUGACGUUUGUUCUCGACCGUGCAGUCCUCGCCACCGACUACUUCCAGAAAGUGCCCUUGUUGGCGACCUCGUCGUCCUGUGUACAGGACUUGACCACUCUCCGCACCAAACUCACCGCAUUGACAUCGUCAUGUGUGCCCACCACGCUGUCCUUUGCAGUGGCAACCAUUCAGCUUGUGGUGACCAACCUGUCCUCCUUGUCUUCCAAUACUACGGCUUGCAACUCUUCCGAAACCAGCGCAUUAGCCGCGCAGCUAGCUCGUCCAGCGUCCACGUAUUGUGCGCUAUUGUCCACCUCAAUUUCAACCUGGUGGGAUGUGUUCGUUCCAGAGCAACUCAGCGACUUGGUGCGCGUUGCCAAGUCCGUUGCUUGUUGGAGCGCAGCAAUAGCCUACGCCAACUCGUUCCCAACUUGUGAAUACGUUGACGUAGCCAAAAACGAAGUCGCCACUGGGAUAUCGGCCAAAGAUCGGUUCAGCAGCUUCCUCUUAGCUGCCCAAGGAGCCGCCAACCCGCCGCCACCACCCACGCCGAGCCGGACGCUGUCUCCGUCCAGUUGCUUUCAAGCCAAGAACUACCCAACCUACUCGUUCUUUAACAAUGUGACGCUGUCUGCCGCCUGCGUCAGAGUCGGACCGUGGACAGCCUCCGCCAAACCCACCGACUUUCUCACGUCUCUAAGCGAGUUCAUUCCGUUUGCAUGCAGCCAAAGCGCGUGUCGUAACGACAUUGACACGAGUGCGUCCAACUGGCAGAGCAUCUCGUGUGACGAAGCCCAAGCAUUUGGGUCCAGCUUACGCAAUGUGUACAACUUGUGCAAAACACUAACCCUAUCCCCUGGGAAUCGAACCUGCACCGACACGGACUCGACCACGUUGGGCGGAAUGACCAGUCAGUGCUUUGGGUUGGUGCCAACUGCCACCUCCCUCGUCGACAUUGUCCUCCCAGCUAGUGUAUCAUCCUAUGCCACUACAUUGUGCAAUCAAACGUGCUUAACCUCGGUGCUAAAUCGCAUCGAUACGCUGUCCGAGUGUGCACUGGACUGGCCCACUCUCGGCGGUGCUCCCGUCGUCUCUAAAGAAUUGUACAAAGCGUAUGUAAACGCAAUGUGCAAUCUAGAUUUAUGCCAAAGCGUCAACUACUGGUACUACGGCCAAAGCACGACGACGUACGUUUGCAAUUGGACGCCGCCAUCGUCUUCGUUUUCAUCGUGUUCGUCCAAGCUGGCGGCACUGUACACGACUCCGUUUUCACCAGCAUGUCUCCGCGCAGCGUUUAAUGAUUCGUAUGUUCUGGUCGUGCAAUAUGUGGUGCAAGGGAACUACGAAGCCCACACUCGGGCGAUGCACCCGACUUGCAUUUUGGACGUUGCCGCUGUGACCAACAAGCUGAGCGCUAUCUCCCCGUCGUCUUGUGCAUUGAGCUUGCAGUUUGCGUUUGAGACGUUGAUGACUGUCCUGACCUCGACAAAGGAAUCCUUUUCGUUGACGAGCGCAACCAAUACCACUUGGACUGGGGUGUGCAACUCCACCCAAGUAACUGCGUUGAUCGCCCUUCUCGACGCCCCGGCCCCCCGCGUGUGCUCGAAAACCAACCCAGCCGUGAUUCUAACCUGGUGGGACGUGUACUUGCCAUUUCAUUUGGCGGAUUUGGCUUGGGUUGGCACGUCGCCUAGCUGUGUAUGGGAAGCCACAACUUAUUUGAACUCGUUUCCGAGCUGCGAAUGGGUCGACACUUUGACCGAGCAGGCUGUCGGCACGUCGGUGGCGUCACGAGUUGGCCGCUUCCUCCUAGCCACUCAAAAGCACGACUUCGAGGGCGUGAAUCCCUUCAACAACACGGCAAGUACCAAUGUCAUUACACUUCCAACCUCGGGCGCAACGUGCGGGGCCAACACCGCCGCCUUCACGUACUAUCAGAACGUUCCCCUGUCCAGCACUUGCGUCGGCCCAUGGCCAGCGACCGCCACCGCCGUGGACUUGCUCAGUAGUUCGUUCCUUCCGGCUGCGUGUGCCCAAAACCCGUGUCGACAGGAUAUCGCCUCCAGCGCCGCCAACUUUCAGAGCAUCGGCACUUGCAACGCGUCCCAAACCACCGCGACAAGUCUGACCAAACUUGGAACCUUGUGCUCGAAUUUGACGGUGACCACGAACUCGACGGCUACACGCUGCACAGUAGCCGACCGCGCCACUCUUGUGGAGUCUGUUCCGUCCGAGUGUUUUGGCCUGGUACCAUCGGCGUCGUCGCUGCUGGACUUGGUCCUACCAGUCAACUUAACGGUCUCGUACAAUAGAAUAUGCGCCUCGAGUUCGUGCGUCACCGCCAUAUUGAACCGUAUAGACUCCCUGCCAGCCUGUUGGAUGACGUGGGACGCCAUGGGUGGGGCUCCGAUCAUCCCCAAAGCACUGUACAAAUCGUACGUGAAUGCCAUGUGCAGCUUGGACUUGUGCGUGGACAUGAACUACUGGUGGUACUACGGCACGCCGACCAAGUACCUGUGUAGUUGGUCGUCGACUAGUACUACUACUAGUAGUAGUACCUGUGCGUCCAAAUUAGCAGUGGCCUACACGACUCCGUUUUCGUCGUCGUGUGUGGCUGCGGUAUGGCCCAACCAAACCCAACCACGAACAACGUACUACGUCCUCCAACAAGUGAUACAGAACGACUAUUUCUACCUCAGCCGCAGGCUUAUGAACGAGCCGUCUUGCAAGCUGGAUGUUGCCGCCAUGGCCACUCAGCUCGACUCAAUAGCAUCGUUCACGUGUGCUGGAUCAACUUCCACCAACUCGAUCUUGCUAGGUAUCAAAAUUAUUCAAACAGUGCUGGCUUCGCCUAUCACGCCUCAAGAGGACUUGGCCGUUUGCACUGCGAGUGAGAUGGCCGUCGUGAGAGAUCGACUAUCGCUAGCCCCCUCUAGCUCCUGCGUCAGCGUCUUGUCCAAUAUCAAGACAUGGUGGGACGUCUACACACCUCCAGAACUAACGGAUAUGGCAACUUUGGCCACUUCCCCUCAAUGCGUAUCGUCUGCGGUGGUGUUUGCAGCCGACCUACCCGUUUGCGAAUGGAUCGAACCAACCAAAGGCGAGUUCUCCGGGGUCGGGAUAGCGGUGGCUACGCGCGUCACAUCGUUCGUCUUGGCAGGCCAAUCCGUCGCCAGUGUUCAGUCCGGUGUCGCCAUCCCGACCUCGUCAGCCACCACGUGCUACUUCUCAUCCGCCCAAGCCAAUAUGUUUGCCCACUUCCGGAACCUCCCGUUCUCGAACGCGUGCGCCAAGGCAGGCGGGUGGAACGCGUCCGUGAAACCCACCGACUUGUUAACCACGCUCAAGGCGUCGCUUCCCCUCGCCUGCGCGCUGCCCUCCUGUCGUAGUGACAUCGAUGCCAGUGCCACCAACCUGCUCUACAUGCCGUGCAACGAAGCCCAAGUGCUUGGUACUGCCAUGACUCGACUUCGCUCGUUCUGUCAGUCGUUCGCGCUUGCCCUCCCUCCGGCGCUGCCGUGCACCGACUCUGAUCUCGUCGAGUUAGGACCGCUGACAGCGCAGUGCUUCAACGUCGUACCGGCUGCCACGUCACUGGUGGAUAUUGUCCUGCCGUCCAAUUUAGCCACGUACCCAACGUGUGUGGCGUCCAUACUCGGCAGAAUUCGAACGUUGUCGUCGUGUUAUGCCGACUGGCCGUCACUGGGCCAGGCCCCUGUGUCUGCCAAAGACAUCUACCAGAACUACGUCACGUCGUUUUGCAACUCUGAGAAUUUCCAAGCCGCCAAUGACUUUACCUCGUGCAACGCCCGCGUGGCUAACCUCUUCGCCACGACCUUUUCCGACGCCUGUGUGCAAGCCCAGUUCAACGGACAGAACCCCACGUUCAUCUUGCAGUCGACGAUCACGGGCACAGCGUACUUUUCCCUCAACCGCCGACUUGUCACGACACCGGCGUGUGCCAAGGACAUUGCAACGGUUGCAAGUCGACUCAAUUCAGUCGGCAAUUGCUCCACCGACCUCACACUAGCCAUCAACACGUACCAAGCGGUCAGCGCGAUCGCGUAUGCGUCGAACCCGGCGCUGCCGUUGUGCUCGGCGGUUCAAACGAGUCAGCUAAUGACUCUUUUGAGUGCGCCAGCUGCCACCGUGUGCACCUUCAACCACUCGGGGGUGGUUGCCGUCCAGUGGCGCGAUGUGUUUUUGCCACGACACUUGGCGGAUUUGGCCACGCUGGCGACUCCUAGCUGUGUUGCGGCAGCCUUAACCUACGCCAAGACGUUUCCCGCCUGCGAAUAUUCCGACAGAAGUAACGGCGACGUCGUACUGGGUAUCGACGCCGCCACUCGAAUCUCUGCGUAUUUGGUGGUCGCCGAAUCGUUCACCAAUCAUUCCACGACUCUGAACUCCAAUGCCGCCGCCACGUGGCAGCCUGGGUGGAGACUGCUUGGUGGCCUUACGAUUGUCCUACUUUUGCUUUAGGAUUAGUGUGGGGUUUCCCUACUAACAUGUUAAAAGUGAUAUGCAUUUCCUAUACCCA